AGGCGGGGCUUUCGUCAGCCCUGCAGGGACCCAGGCACCUUCCCCCCAGUCACAGCUCAGGCAUUCCCAGCCCCUCUGUGUGCCGGAGCCCAGCGGUGGGAUGGCGGCUGGGAGGAAGGUCCUGACUCUGGACUCUGUGAAUCCGUGUGUCAAAGGCGCCAGGCUCCCCACGCUGGGGCCCCUGCUGGAGAGGGCCUCGGAAAUCCAGCGACAGCUGGCGCAGAGCCCCCCCUUGGUGGGGGCAUUUUGCUCUCUGCCCCAGGGAGAGGAGAAGCCCUUCCGGGAGGUUAUCUGGUGCCACUCGGGGGACCCCCACGCUGCAGGCCAAAGACCCAUCACCUUCCUACGCCAGGUGGCUGCCAUCUGCGCUUACCCAGAGCUGCUGCAUGCUGACUCCAUGCCACGGGACGCCAAGCAGCGAGCCAGCCGCAUCCUGCAGGAGCUGCACAGCUCCAGCGCCGGGGCGUAUAACAUGGAGUACGUCACCACCGCUGUCCCCCAGAGGGUGGCCCGCUACCUAGAGAGGAGAGACGGGGGCAUCCGCUGUGACCCCAGGAACAUCGUCAUGUGCGGGGGCAUCACCACGGCCAUAGUGGACUUCCUCUCCCUGGUGGUCAAUGAGCAGGACCCCAGGAGGGCGGGCGUGCUGCUGCCAGUGCCCGGGCACCCUCUCUUUGCGGACGCCGUAGCACUGGCCGGUGCUAUCGGGGUGCAGUACCACCUGGACGAGGAGGGCGGCUGGGCCCUGGACGUUGGGGAGAUCAGGCGGGUGCUCGGCCAAGCCAGGGGACACUGCACCCCCAAAGUGCUCUGCGUCAUCAACCCUGGAUACCCGACGGGCCACGUGCUGAGCAGGAGACACAUGCAGGAUGUUCUUCAGUUGGCUGCCCAGGAGAGGCUGCUCCUGCUGGCGGAUGAGGUUCACCAGGACUGUGUGUUCACCCCGGACGCCCCCUUCCUCUCCUUUAAGCGGGUUCUGUGUGAGCUGGGCCCCGCAGUCUCCAGCGCGGUGCAGCUAAUCUCCUUCUACUCCGUCUCCAAGGGCUUCGCCGCAGAGGGCGGUUUCCGGGCCGGCUUCUUUGAGCUUGUGAACAUCGACCCAGCAAUCAUGAAACGCUUCUGCUCCUGGGGAAUGUCCAUCUAUCCCCUGAUCCUGGGCCAGGUCCUGCUGGAUGCCCUGAUGGAACCGCCACUGCCCGGGGAGCCCUCCUGCCGGACCUUCAUGGCAGAGAAGCAGGCAGUGCUGAGCGACCUGGCCCACAAAGCGCAGCUGACCCAGGAGAUCUUCAGCCAGGUGCCCGGGAUCCGCUGUAACCCCGUGCAGGGCACCAUGUACUCCUUCCCCAGGAUCCAGAUCCCAGCCAGGGCUGUGCAGGAGGCCCAGGCCCUCGGUCUGGAGCCUGAUUUCUUCUUCUGUCAGAAGCUGCUGGAGGCGACGGGGAUCGUACUGGCCCCAGGGAGCACCUUCGGGCAGCGCCGGGGCACCCACCACGUCAGCUCAUAGUAGGGGCAGCCCAGUGCUGGUGCACUAUUGGCCCAAAGUGAAUUCAGCUCAGCAGCCUGUAACUAGAUUCCUAAUAGAAUCAAAGCUAGCUCUGACAUUCAACAGUAGAGAGAGGAGAUGGCACAAUUAGUGUUUGAAGACAGCCCAUACCAUCAAGUACAAAUACCUGUCCUCUACUUCUCUCAAUUCACUGGGGUGUGGAACCCAUGUCCCUUGUCUAGCAAGUGCUACUUAGGUGAUGGUGAGACCCUCUGUCAUAAAACAGUUUCAUUGUCCUUGAUUCACAUAAUCAGGGUAACAACACUUUAUUCCUCCUGCCCCAAUAACAGAGAAACUGGGGAUCCCACCCCAUCCAAAGUAACCACUAUCAGUUGCUGUUGUUUCAUGCCAGGCGGGUGGGUGUGCCUAUGCAAACGAGAUCAGCCCCUGAAGUUCUUUUCCACACUCGCCAUAAUUCACCACCAGAUGUCAGGGUAGAGUUCAUCCUAACUCUGCUUACAGAAGGAAUCUGUAAACUCAGUAAUAAAGAAACAAAUCAACAGAGCCAGACGUGUACCCAGAAGCCUCCUGCUACAAGACAGGCCCAAAAAAGAAACCAACAGAACUCCACUGGCCAUCACCUACAGUCCUCAGCUUAAACCUCUCCAACGCAUCAUCAGUGAUCUACAACCCAUCCUGGACAAUGAUCCCUCGCUUUCACAGACCUUGGGAGGCGGCCAGUCCUCGCCCACAGACAACCCGCCAACCUUAAGCAUAUUCUCACCAGCAACCACACAUCGCACCAUAACAACUCUAACUUAAGAACCAAUCCAUGCAACAAACCUCGAUGCCAACUCUGCCCACAUAUCUACACCAGCAACACCAUCACAGGAUCUAACCAUAUCAGCUACAUCACCGGCUCAUUCACCUGCACUUCCACCAAUGUUAUAUAUGCCAUCAUAUGCUAGCAAUGCCCCUCUGCUAUGUACAUUGGCCAAACUGGACAGUCACUACGCAAGAGGAUAAAUGGACACAAGUCAGAUAUCAGGAAUGGCAAUAUACAAAAACCUGGAGAACACUUCAACCUCCCUGGCCACACAAUAGCAGAUGUAAAGGUAGCCAUCUUACAGCAAAAAAACUUCAGGACCAGACUCCAAAGAGAAACUGCUGAGCUCCAGUUCAUUUGCAAAUUUGACACCAUCAGAUCAGGAUUAAACAAAGACUAUGAAUGGCUAUCCAACUACAGAAGCAGUUUCUUCUCCCUUGGCGUUCACACCUCAACUGCUAGCAGAGCACCUCACCCUCCCUGAUUGAACUAACCUCGUUAUCUCCAUACUGAUUUAUACCUGCCUCUGGAGAUUUCCAUUACUUGCAUCUGAAGAAGUGAGGUUCUUACCCACGAAAGCUUAUGCUCCCAAUACUUCUGUUAGUCUUAAAGGUGCCACAGGACCCUC